GGGAGUACUUUUCUUAAGGACCAUUUAACAUACACGUUUAGGUAAGCUACUUUGUGUUUUGGAAAGAUAUAUACUCCAUCCGUCCCGGGAAAAAUCUUCCCAUUUGGACUUUUUCUCAUUUUUUUGAAGUGUUGACUUUGGAAGUGAAAUGUCCAAUAUACCCUUCAUUUCUUUCCUGUUUUACAAUCCCAGCCCUGCCCUGCCCUCCCCUCCCCUCCCCUGGUCUCUGCCAGGGCUAGCACCCACCACCGCCAUCAACCCCGGCUCCAUCGUCGCCGUCAGCUCCGCCAAAAUUGACCCAGCCCCAACCACCACCGUUGUCGUCGCCUCUACCACAAUUGACCCAGCCCCCACCACAAAUCGCCCCUCAGCCCCGACGUAACCAAUCACCAUCAGUCGCACGAUCCCUAGCCGUCAGCCCGCCACCAUCUCCUCCAGGAGAAAGAGAAAAGGGGAAGAGAAAAAAGAAGGGAAGAAGAUGAGAAGAAGAUCUAGUACAGAUCUAUCGUAGAUCUGGAAGAGAGUGAAGAGAAGAAUUU